AUGACUUCCUCUUUCUCGGCCUGGUUUUGGAGCGAUAGAUUCUGGCUUCCCGAAAAUGUUACAUGGGCGGACCUGGAACAUCCCCCACCUGGUGAGGAGUAUCCCCGGGCGGGAGACGUCCUGUACGCCCUGCCUCUGUCUGCCGGGGUGUUUCUCCUGAGGCUGCUGUUCGAGAGGCUGGUGGCCAAGCCCUGUGCCCACAUACUUCAGAUUCAGGCGGGAGUGCCUCGGCAAGCUCUGCCCAACGCUGCCCUGGAGAGGCUGUAUCUGUCCAAAACGAGUCCAGACACAAGGCAACUGGAGGGUCUGUCCAAGCAGCUGGACUGGGAUGUACGAAAAAUACAGCGAUGGUUUCGCAUCCGCCGGAACCAGGACAGGCCCAGUACGCAGACAAAGUUCUGUGAGAGCAUGUGGAGAUUUACAUUUUACUUGGGGAUUUUUAUCUAUUCCAUUCGUCAUUUGUGGGUGUCGCCGUGGAUGUGGGAUACCAGAAUAUGCUGGCACAAGUUUCCUUUGCAGGCGCUGAGCCCUGGACAGUACACCCACUAUGUAGCUGAGCUGGCUUUCUAUUGGUCGCUGAUGUUUUCCCAGUUCACAGACAUAAAACGCAAGGAUUUCAUGAUCAUGCUUGUCCACCACAUGGCCACCAUAAUCCUCAUCACUUUCUCCUAUGCCAACAACAUGCUAAGAGCUGGUACUUUGGUCAUGUGUGUGCACGAUGCAUCCGACAUCUUCCUUGAGGCAGCCAAGCUGGCUAACUAUGCCAAGUACCAGAGGCUAUGUGAUGGCCUGUUUGUGAUGUUCAGCAUAGUUUUCUUCAUCACUCGACUUGUCAUCUAUCCUUUCUGGAUUGUUAACAGUGUUCUGUUUGAGAGCUGGGAGAUCGGCGGGCCAUACCAGGCCUGGUGGCUGUUCAACGGGUUGCUGCUGGUCCUGCAGGCUCUUCACAUCAUCUGGUUCUACCUCAUCGCUCGUAUUGCCAUCAAAGCCAUAUUCAAGGGAAAGGUGUCAAAAGACGACCGCAGUGACAUCGACAGCAGCUCAGAAGAAGAGAUUAAUUCCAGUUGCAGUAAAAGUCCUGCAGGGACCCUGAACAUAAAGGGCCGCAGUCACACUGGGAACCUUAAUGGAGAAACUCAUGACCACUGAGCACCAGGAGGAGGAUAUUUACUUCCAGUGUGGCUUUCACUCAGGCUCUGUGUGCCGGUGAGGCCCACCCUCCUCACUUGACCAACUUCUUUUUUUUUUUUUCUUCAAAUGGAGAGGACUGGAUACAGGGCGACUCCAUAUGCGGGAUCGGAUUUGGCACUGUGUCCCUGUGUCAGGUUUACACUGUGUGAGGUUUACUCCUGCUUUGUGCUGACAGAGGCAGACGGAGAAAUCUGUGUGGUCUGUCUGCACCUCGCUGUGUGUG